AAAGCUACCGGAGGGUGGCUGUCCUGAAAAAGUUGCGUUCCUUCAACACGAGAAUCGCGAUAUAAGGGAGAUCGUACGAUAAGAGUUUUGUGAUAACUCAAUAAUAAUAAUAAUAAAUUGGGGGAACUUUCGGCUUUAUCGGCCUGACGAAAUAUCGUGUGGCGCGUGUUUUCAUGAUGUGAGCACAUGAUGUAUUAUAAUGAGUAGUGGGAAAAUUAAAACAAAUGUGUAUUUUUUUCUUGUAAUAGGUACAUUCUCUUCUAUCGCGUGUGUUAAAAUAAAUAAACUAGAAGUGCCGGAAGUGAUACAACAUGGGAACGCUGCUGUGUUGGACUGCGAUUUUACAUUGGAGGAAACUGACGAAGACUUAGUGGUCAAGUGGUUUUUUAACAAGAAUAAUAGAACGCUAGUCUAUCAAUGGAUUCCAGCAUCCAAGAGCCGGCCGCAAGUACUAGGCAUCCUUAAGGACCGUCUAAACUUGGAAUAUGCAGCUAGUGUGGACGCAAAUAGUAUUCAUAGGGCUCUUCACAUUCUCCAGGCAGGUCCUGAUCUUUCAGGAGAAUACACUUGUUCUGUUUCGACCUUACAGAGUGAAGACAUCAGGACAAAAAGCAUGCUAGUAUUUGUUCCAGAGAGGAGCCUCAUCCUACGUCGACUCAGCUCGGAUGAAGGAUCUUUGAGGGUGCAAUGCAUAGCAGAAGGGGUUUUUCCAACCCCCAUCAUAUCCCUGUAUUCCCAAGAUAGGGAACUGACUGAGGCCCAGGUAACGUCGAGGCAGCGUGGCCAGUUGUACGACAUUUCAGCGACGGCGACAUUAGACGCCCUGAAGGAACCUGAGGAGUUUUCCUGCGACCUUAGAAUUCCCGAGGCGAACUAUACGGUUCGCAGAGAGACAGUUAUUUACCCCGGAAACGCAGGCUCACUGGUUCGAAGUGGUAAACUGAUGAUCAUAUCAGCUUGCAUACUGAUACUUUGCAAGUCUGUAUAACUAAUUCAGGAAUCUGCAGUUGGCUCGACGGUCCAGGAUGGUGGUUCAAUGAAGAUAUCUCACACCACGUUAUAAUGAAUAAAUAUUGAUGUUGAAAUAAAUAUUUUUCUUUUAUAUAAUUAUGUUGAUUUUGCUGAAUUAUAUUGAAAAGAAAUAAUUAAAUGAAUUUG